AUGAAUAUCAUGAUAUCUGUUCCCCCAUCUUCACUGGAAUGCUCGGUGUUCGUUUUUGAUAAACGCAUCGCCGAUAAACUCUAUAAGCCGAAGCGAAAGGAAACUAUGCUAGAUCGCAUAAAAGCAUGUAUUAUUGCUAUGGACAAGAUGCGACACCCACGGAUGCUGCAGAUCAUACACUCCUUGGAGGAAGGACACCACACACUGGCAUUCGCAUCCGAGUCCGUAUAUGCGAGUUUGGAGAAUAUACUUGCUUGGCAUGAUUCUUCCCCGCUGCCAGCAGGCGUCAAGCCGCCUGUCAUGCCGCACCCCAUAUCGUUGACCCCACCUACUGUGCCUCCGAAGUACGUACCAUCGCCGAGGCCACCUUUUGCCAGGGAAUACAACUUCCUGGACAUUGAACUGCGCUUCGGCAUACUGCAGAUCAUCGAAGCGCUCAACUUCAUCCACUACACGACUAGGCAAGUGCACCGCAACGUCUGUCCUCAAGUCGUCAUUGUGACUAAACGCGGCACCUGGAAGCUUUUCGGUCUCGAAUUUGCUGAGCCUAUACUUGGACCUGACCCAACUGAUGUGGUGAGCGUGCAGCCAUUUUCAAUAAAAAUAGCGAAAAUUUGCCAGCCCUGCCUAGAUUAUAUGGCCCCUGAAGCGCAAGUGAAUGCCCAUUGCACCAUAUUGUCCGACAUGUUUUCGCUUGGGUUGAUAAUUUGCGCGCUAUUCAACCACGGCCGGCCUCUACUGCAGGCGAACAACAACCCUAUGCUCUAUAUAAGGCAGAUUGAGUGUUUGGACCUGCAAGUAAACCAGGUCCUCCCACGCAUCCCGGCCGGGCUCCAGGAAGCUGUCAAGCGCUUGCUCUCGCGCGACCCUCACCCUCGGCCCUCAACGCAAUUGCUGCCACUCAUUAAUUAUUUCAAAUGCCAGAGUGAGCCCGCAAUCCAAGCUAUGCAGUUCCUCGAUGUCAUAACUAUGAAGGAUCCCGCACAAAAAAGCCACUUCUACCGCACCGCUCUUGUUGAGGCCUUGCCCUUUAUCCCAAAGAAACUACGAUGGCAACAUGUUUGGCCCGUUUUACAACUCGAAGUGAGAUCCACUGAAGUGCUAGCGGAUGUACUAAUACCCGUUAUUUGGAUGACAAAUGAGGCCACUCCGGAAGAGUUUGGCUCAUACGUACUGCCUGCGUUGAGAACGGUAGAUUUCAGUAACGUGAUGAACUCGCCGAAAACUAUGCAAGCAGCCGUCACUUUACUGGAGAACUUACAUAUUGUUAUGCGGAAAUCCACAAGGGACGAUGUGAAUAACGAACUAUUGCCACUAUUGUAUACUGCGAUGGAUCAUAAUAAUAAUCAUAUCCAGACGUCCUCUCUUAUUGCCAUCCAAAAUAUAUCGGAUUUUAUAAGUGACCGAGCUUUGCAUAAUAUUGUUUUGGGUAAAGUGAAAAUUUUACUUGAAAAAAAUCAAAGCGACGUCAAAGUCAUCAGCCUUAUUCUUGGAUUCUUUGAAAAAGUACUUAUUCGCCUCGAAAGGAAUCACAUUUUAGAAGAAGUAAUUCCAACCCUUCUUUCCAUGAGGUUGAGUGAUCCAGAUAUUAUCACAAGAGUUGUCAAACUGUACAAAUCAAUGCUUCUGGAGAGGAAGUUCGCGCUUACUACGAAUGUGAUGGCUACCAAGAUGAUACCUUCCCUAGCUCCACAGACCAUCAAUCCAGCUCUGAGUUUAGACCAAUUUGGAACCCUCAUGGAGAUACUGUAUGAUAUGCUGGAAAAUAUUGAUAAAUGCCAACGAGUAAAGUUGAAACCGGACAAUCCGGCUUUACCAAGCCCCGAGCGUCGCGCUCUUCGCCACCAAAGUAGUACGGACAAUGUGGCCGCUCCGCCAUUUAAUAUACCGAACUUACGGGUCGAACAGCGUAAGACUUCGAGCGCUGAAGACAUGGCUCGCAAAAAUUCAGUAACUGCACCACCCACGACUACCACAGCUAAUACUGGCAGUGUAGGGGGCUUCAAAAGCACAGGCAUCGGACAAUGGUUCUUUGGAUCUAGCAAUUCUACAAACAAUGACAGUAACUUUUUACGUGUUGCGAGCGUAUUUCCAAAUCGCCGCUUAUCUGACAAUACUUUGAUGACUCCUAAGAUCCGAAUUGCUCCAUCAUGCGCAUCUUCUCCUGGUGGCACACCCGGAGGAACUACAGGAUUACCAACUCGCCGCCACUCCAGCAUUGGGCCGCAGGAGCGCCGUGGAUCUGCUGUCAAUUUAUCACCACCCACUGUCCACCAAUACAGAGGACGGGGCGGCUCAGGCUCGAGCCUGUCCGUGCCAUCCACCUCGCAUUGCGUCGUAAGUGAUGUAUAUCACCCACACCCGCCUCGCAACGUGUUCCCGAAUCCUCUAUUGAAUGUCGACUUGGAACGGCUUAAAUUGAUGUGGAACUGUUCUCUUCUGCGGUCGGGUCUUCUUCCCAUACGGACUGGGAGAGAUCGUGUCAUUGCUCAUCAUCACCAUCACACACGUCCAUAUGCACGAACCUGGUUGGCGUUUUAUCACACAUUGCGAGCUCUUUCUGUCUUUCAUCGCAUCACAUCGAUACUUCUUUCAUUCCUGCGAGGAGACAUAACCUUCAAAAAUAAUGAAGUGAUGCAUGCUCGUUAUUCUGUUUUG